AUGGAAGAUGAGAGCCAUAACACUUUGCCAAAUGGUUUUAACUCUGCAAGCCCCAUAAGCCCUUGCUUAAAGACAACCAACAACACAACAAACACCACCUCAACCACACAAAACAACAACAUCAACAAUAACCAUAAUAACAACAAUAACCACAACAAAGAACAAGACCGGUUUCUCCCCAUUGCCAACGUGGGAAGAAUCAUGAAAAAGGUUAUUCCUUCCAAUGGGAAAAUCUCCAAGGACGCAAAGGAAACUGUCCAAGAGUGUGUCUCUGAGUUCAUCAGCUUUGUCACCGGAGAAGCCUCAGACAAAUGUCAGAGGGAGAAGAGAAAGACCAUCAACGGUGAUGAUGUGAUUUGGGCCAUCACAACCUUAGGGUUUGAAGAUUACGUUGAACCCUUGAAAAUUUACCUUCAGAAAUAUAAAGAGAUUGAAGGAGAAAAACUUAACAUUCCAAAGCAACUUCGUUCUGAGCAAAGGCUACAACAGCACCAACAAAAUAACAGUAACAGUAGCCAAGACGAUAAUAACCAACAAUUCAAUGGUGCAUAUGCCUCCACCAAUCUCAUUUCUCAGCCUCCAUAUGUCACCUCUGAUCAGAAGUUUCCGUUACCCUUUUCCCCAAACUCCAUUCAGAAUCACCAGAUUGAUUCUGUGGGACACUGGUACGAAUAA